AUUGUGAAAUUAUUAAUAAUAUGCGGAGAUAUCAUGUACUUCACAAUACAUGAAAUUGUGGGUGCUUUCAAUAACUCCGGUUGACACACAGAAAUGGAGGUAUAAAGAGGAAGGUAUAUCGUUAAUUGAUAUAUUUAUUUAAUGAUAAUACCAAACAAAAAUGCAAUUUCUUUGGCUACUCUUCUCUAACUUCUUUCUCCAUUCUAUCUUGGCAGCGCCUUCAACAGGGUUUGCGGCCAAAAGAGGCUUCCCAACAGAACCAUCUAACGAUCCCUUUUAUUCUGCUCCUCCAGGAUUUGAAUCACAACCUCUAGGUGCUAUCUUGAAAAGUCGUAAGCAAGAACACACUUUUGGGAUAGUUGUUAUUCCAGAGAAGAUUGAAGGUGCUUAUCAAUACUUAUUCCGUUCGGAGGACAGUUUUGGAAACCCCAUUGCCGCUGUUGCCACCCUCUUCAUUCCAAAAAAUGCUGACCCAAAUAAGUUAUUGUCUUACCAAGUAGCUGAAGAUGCAUCCGAUAUUGAUUGCUCUCCAUCGUAUGCUAUGCAACUAGGAUCAAACCCAGGUACCAUUGUUACAGCUCAAAUUGAACAAUUAUUGGUUCAAGGUGGAUUAAAUCAAGGUUGGUAUGUUGUGGUGCCUGAUCAUGAAGGACCAAAAUCUACCUUCGUUGCCGCACACUCUGCAGGUAAAAUUGUGUUGAAUGCUAUUCGGGCGGUUAUCCAAACCAGUAAUACUACUGGGCUCAGCAGCGACCCAACUAUUGCACUUUGGGGGUAUUCUGGUGGAUCGUUGGGUACAGCGUGGGGUGCUAUGUAUUAUAAAUCAUAUGCGCCAGAGCUUAAAAUUGUUGGAGCAGCACUUGGUGGUAUCAUUGUUGAUAUUGAUCAUAUCGCUAGAUAUAAUCUUGGAACACUCUUCGCAGGCUUUAUUUUUACAGCAAUUAAUGGAUUAUCUCAUGAAUACCCUGACUUUAAUGAUUAUAUUAACAAGAAUGUGUUUCCAUCUCAGCUUGACUAUUUGAGAAAGACUAAUACACUUUGUUUACUCGGUGAUCUUUUGUCUUACCCAUUUGUGAAACUUGAGAAAUUCAUUUCUAUUGGGAUUAAUGCAUUGGAUGACCCUGUUGUCAAGAAUGUCACAUCUUUAAACAAUGCAUUGUUGAGUGACCUUGUCCCAGAUAUACCAUUAUUCUUUUACGAUUCCAUCCAUGAUGAGAUUGUACCAGCUUCUGAUACUGACUUGUUGUAUAAUAAAUGGUGUGCUGCAGGAGCUCCAAUUUCGUAUCGACAAGAUGAAGUUGGUGGGCAUAUUACACAAGCAGUAUUGGGGGCCGGAGACGCAUUCGAAUUUGUUAAGGCUAGAUUGAACGGUACUCCAGCACCUCAAGGAUGUAACAAGGUUGUUGCUGUUUCCAAUGUUUUUUCCCUUACUGACUUGAAUGGGUUAGGCAGUAUUAUUGUUGCUGCCAUUAAGGAUUUGUUUUUGCAACCUCUUGGACCCUUCUGGAUGCAAUAGGUAAGUAGGUACUUAAUCAGUAACAUGUGAGUUUUCUGAAGGUGAAAUAACAAAUAUGCCAAUACCC